CGAAGGCGACGACGCUCGCUCUCGACUCGAGAAGCGUGAACAACAAACAUCGAAAUAUGGAAAAACAGAAUCACCGCUGGCUCCUUCGAAUCAUUUGUCUUCCGAGCUCGGAACGGCAAGCAUCGUUUUGCGUGGUGCUCGAUUUCAGAUUCUGAGAUUCUGUGGUCAAGAGUUUGGUUGGUGUUCUUUGGUGAAAGCUGUGCGUGUUAUAAGGGUUCGUUCGCGAUCCGUUCGAAGUUCUGAAUAGUUGCGUUCUACAGGUUGAUCUAGAAAUCUGACGAUCCAGUGAAGACUACAUAGACUGUUGCGGGUCCCAAGGUGGACUUAUAUGCUCGCAACUCAUACCCCAGGCGCCGUCGGAUUACUGCUCCUAAUUGCGCGCGCGAAGAAAGCGGCGAUUGAUUCAAAAUAAAUAAUAAACUUCAUUUGGUUCGGGAUGAAACAGAACUGCGAUCGGUGUCUGUGCAAAGUGCGAUCGAGUUGCCCUCACAGGAAGCUCCCAGUGGAAAUGUUUUGCUUAUUAAUGUAAUUUCGAGUGAUUUAAUUCAGCGCCAACGUGUGUGCGGAUUGACCGGGUUUGGCGACGACGUUGCGGUUAGUGAUGAAGUUCAAAACUGAAGAAAUCUGAAAACAGUAUCAUUAAAUAGCAUUGUGGAGUUCCGUUCCAGUAGUGACCAGAUCUAUGCAAAGAUAAGCAACGGAUUUGAAACACUUUUAAUCGAUCUUGCCGGAAAGACGGGAAGCCAAAAGGGAGAAAAACGAAUCAAAACAAUUUAUGCCAUGGUUGAUGUUAUAAUUUGCUAUUUAUUGAGAAACAUAAAUAAAGCAAAUUGAAAUUUGAAAUCAUAAUCGACUGGCUAGGAUACUUUUUCAUCUGGAAGUGAAAAACGACUGUCCUAAUGGGAAAUCUCAGCUGAAUAGUGGUGGAAAAGCUGAUGUUAAAUUUCAGAAAUUAUGAUCGGAAGCAUGAUUGAUUAGCGACUCACGUGUUGGCUACUAAUAGUGUUUGAAAUUUCAAACGGAUAUUUAUGUACGACGUGGAAGAACUAAGCGAAGCUAAGGCGAUAUUCAUCCAAGGCAGUUGUUUGGUGUGAAAAGUGAUUUGUUUUUGGAACAAGUUGUGUGAUUUGGUGUGAAUCAUUUCCAAUUGGGAGGUCAUCGUUUAAAUACUUCGCUGGAUCAGAUAUACAAAAAAGAUGAAUCUGACGAUGAAGCUGCUGAUACUGUUCUCAUUCCUGCUGAGCCACUCGUCUGGCCACCGGAUACAACUGUCCGACUCGAUUCUGGACAUCAUCAAUACCCGCCACGUGGAACGGAUCAUGGCAGAGCGGCGGAUGAACUCGUCGUCGUCGUCGUCAUCGUCCUCGGGGACGCGGGGGGAGGACAAACGCUACACCAUGGUGCAGCAGAACGAACUGAUCGACGACGACGCAACCGAGGACAGCAGCACCGGCGAUCUCACGUCGUACCAAACGCCCGAGGUGGCGAUUGAUUUCGACUUCAAUGGACGGCGGCAGUCUGGCGGAUCGACGGUCCCAUCGUACAACAACGAAAGCGGCUUUCAGUACCAUCCAACGGGAUCCGCCCCCAACGCGGAUAUUUUGGCCGACCUGCAGGCGUACCGGGGAGACAAGUUGCUCAAGUCGAGCAAGAACGCCCUGGUGGUGACGCGCAAAGAGUACCUCAAGAAGGACUGGUGCAAGACGGAACCGCUGGUGCAGCGGAUUCGGGAGGAGGGAUGCCUCAGCCGGACGAUCAUCAAUCGAUUUUGCUACGGGCAGUGCAAUUCGUUCUACAUUCCAAAGUCGCCGAAACGUAGGCGUCAUGGGGGCGGUGGCGGUGGCGGAGGCGGACGAAAUGGCCACGGUCAUGGCGGUGGUGGUCACGGGCAUCACGGUGGACGUGCGCGGGAGGUCGAUCUGGACUUUGAAGACGAAGACCUGACCGGGCCGGCGUUUCGCUCGUGCGCCUUCUGCAAGCCCAAAAAGUUCACCUGGAUCACGGUGACGCUGCGGUGUCCCUCGUUGGUGCCCCAGUUGCGACGGAAGCGCAUCCAACGCAUCAAGCAGUGCAAAUGCAUUGCGGAGCCGUUGAAUUAGAGCAGUUUGAUUGUAUUAUUAUUGGUUGGUUGUGUAGUCGGCGCUGCUGCCGUUGCUGCUGCUGCUGCUGGUGGCGAUGAUGGGUGAUGAGACGUGAAAGUGUGGGUACCUAAUAUGUAAAUGUGUAUUUCUGUGUGGGUGCGGAUGAUUGAGCGCUCUUUCCGCCUUGCACUUGGCGACCUGGCGAGGAAGCGCGCGCUCGAAACAAACCAGGAAUGAGAGUAGGCUUUAUUUUGUUUUAAGUUUUUUUUUUCACUUUUAAUUAUAUUUAAUAGGUCUGUUUUGUUUUAAGAAAUUUGUAGUGCAGGAACACCAUGUGCGUGUGUGUGUGCUUGAAGUUGCGAUUCCCGUUUUGGCGUAGUGUCACCCCGUCAGACGGUGAUGACACGGUGGUGCACGGUGAUUUAUUCUGCACUUGAAACUGGAAACGGAACUUCUGCCGCCGUAGGAUUUGUUCCAUUCAGUCGGUAAGCCAGACGCAUACGUAUCUAUUAUUUCCGUUCUGGUAUGCAAAUCACGUUUCUGAGAUUGUUCAACUGUCAUCUGGAGACUUGGGGAUGUUGCUGAGGUGUUGUGUCGGUGUUUGGGUGCUUUCAUCCCACGUGGCUGUAGUGUCGACAACGUGGUGAAGUGUAAAUUAAUGGUAAUUUUUGCUUGCUUGCACAGUUCUGCGUAGUUUUUGCAUUUGGUUCGUUCAUUAGCUGCACAUGUUUUCUUCAGUGGAGACGAUUUCUAGAUUGGCAGAGGUUUAUGUGUCCAAAAGGCGUAAAGCACAUAUUAUUUAGUAAUGGGACACUUCAAUUAGGCCACAGCAUUA